UGAACAAGCAUAAAGACAUAAAUUGUCCUAUACUAGUUUGUUUUGGGGAUUAUGUAUAUUGAAAACGAGGUAUCCAAUUUUCGUUUCUGCGCAACAAAGUGUGCCGAAAUUGUUUAAAUACCCCAAAUAAUUGUCUAUUACCUACGUCUAAUUUGAUGUUGACGCAAUGUCAGACGUUUACCUCUAUAUCUAUGAUCUUUCAGGUGGCCUAGCUAGUAUUCUUAGUCCUGGUCUCUUGGGCAAACAAGUCGAUGGAAUAUGGCAUACGGCUACUGUUUUAUAUAACAAGGAAUUUUUCUUUGGACAAUCAGGGAUUCAAUACUGUCCACCUUGUUCAACCUCUUUAGGAGAUCCAUUAAAAAAGCAAUUCAUGGGGAAGACAUCACUGUCAGAAUCCGAAAUUUUCAAUUAUUUAGAGCAGUUAUCUAAUACAUUGUUUAAACCAGGCGAUUAUUCACUUUUUAGGCAUAAUUGUAAUAAUUUCAGUGAACAUUUUAUCUUUCAUUUAACUGCACAACAUAUUCCAUCGUACAUAUUAAAUUUACCUGAUGAAGUAUUAUCUACAUCGUUUGGAGCUUCAUUAAGUUCAGCUUUAAAUGUUCUACCAGUUGGAAUCAAUUCAAAAACGCAUUUGAAUAGUAUCAAAGAAACGGCAUCUCAUGACAACCAACACACGUAUGGUUAUAUUGUUAAAUCAUUUCGACCAAUAUUUUUUGAUGAACCGUUAUCCUCAGAACUUCUUCCACAUCGUAUAUACUUGUUAUGGCCAGCUGGAGAAAAUUCAAGUUUGCCAACUUUGGCUUCAAAAUUAUCACAAGUACUACUUCAUGAGAAUACAGAAGUGAAGUGCGCUGAAGAAUGUUCAUCUCUACUUGCAUUAGAUGAAUUAAUUACAGCUGAUCAAUGUAGAGCAGCUUGUGAAUUAUUUCGUCUAGCCAUAUGGAAAGAUCCGAAUAUAUUAAUGAAUUUAUUCACUGAUCCAAGACGUUUAUUACAUAAAUUAUGUAAAGUGCAAAUAUCUUAUGUAAAACCGUGUGAAUUUUACGAUGUUGAGGCAUCACGUGCCAAAUUACUAUGCAAUUGUCUAGGCUUAUCACUCAGUUGGAUGGUUAUGUAUGAGAAUGAUAUGAAGCUAGAUAUCAAUAGUAUCAUACAAAUUAGUUUGACUCUAUUAAAUCAUGAUGUUGAGAACCAUUUAUCCAAAGAGGUUAUGGGUUCCACCACUACACCAUCAACAGUAGUAACAUCUGGUUAUUUACCGAAUCUAUUGCCAGAACAUAAACUGGUUGGUUUAGCGUUGGCUCAUAAUAUUUCCUUAUAUCCAACGCUUAAUGAAAAUGAAGCAUUAGAAUUGGGAAGUUGUUUGUUACAUUUAGUUGUAACAAAUGAAAAAUCAUUUAAAUAUCCAGUCGAUAAAAUUUAUUUGGUUCGUGCUAUCUACUUCUUAGCUGUACGAUUUUCAACUAUAGCUGAUUUGGCUAAAUGUCAUGAUAUUGAGACAUUUCUUCAUGAUAUGAUCAAUGAAGGAGAUCGUUCACAUAAUAAUAUCGUUCCUACGUCGUCGUCAUCAUCAUCAUCAUCAUCAUCAACUAUUCAAAACCAACAUGAACAUCAAUAUGACCGCUUCUUCGACCAGACAUCAAAACCAAACACAGAGCAUCUGUCUUCUGCAUCUUCCAUGAAAGUAAAACCCGGUUUAGAGAUAACAGAUUCCAUGACAAGUUUCGAUCAUUUAAUUGCUUCGAAACUGUUGGAUUUCUUAUCUAAAUAAUCAUAAAUCAAAUGAUAUCCUGUCACAAAACAUCAACACAUACAGAGACAAAGGAGAACAAUAAUACUAUCCUCAUUAUUUCUGAUAGACUUAUUUUUAUUAGGUGUCAUUUUUCUACAACAACGAUCAUCUUUGUUUUUUUUGUUCUUCACCGAUUGAUUUUCAAUUUCAUCAUUUUUAACUUUAUAUUGUAUUUACCUGAAUUAUUGGAAGAGACAUUUUUUCCUCUUGAUUUGUCAUGAUAUUUAUUUGUUUUUAUGUGUACGGAUGUGAUUUUAUCUUAUCGUUUGUUAUAUAAUGAGAUCUAGACUGAUAUUUUAUUGAUAAACUGCAUUUUACAUAGCUGGCAUGUCUUCUUUUUAAAGAAAUUGAUAUGAUUGAUAUGAUUGAGCCAUAAAUUAUUUGCAGUGAGAAAGAGAGGGAGAGAGAGAGAAAGAUAGUUGAAUUUUUAGUUAAUAUAUAAAUUAAGAGACAUUGUGAUAGUUUUUAUCACGAUAUGUCAAUCUUCGGCAGUACGCACCCACCACUAAUAAUGCAAGUUAUGACCUUCACUUCUUGUGAAUCAACAUUCAAUGAUUUGCAUUUUUUAGUUUUGGUCCUCAGUAUUUUGUUGUGAAGGUGCGCAUUGAUAAGAAUUUUACAGUGUUUCAUCAAUAUUUCUUGUUUGAAGCAACACUUUUAGUAUGUGAACUUGUAGAAUGCUGUUAAUAUAUGUUAAAUACAAUUCCAUGGUGUGAUAAAAUUG